GAAAACACGGUAUAACCAUGAAAUUCCUUAAAGCCACCAUCAGUUUAAGUCAAAUUCAGGCCAUAUUGCGCAAGGAUUUCCUGGUGCGAUGGCGUUUAAAGUGGCUAAUUGCUUUACAAGUAAUAUGGCCAAUGAUCAUAUUUCUGCUGCCCUAUUUGAUACGUUUGAAAUUUACUCCCGUUCACAAUGAUGCCUGCCAAUUUCCAACGAGACAAUUGCCCACCGCCCGCAAUACCCUGCCCGGUAUGCUGUCGUACAUUUGCACCAUUGAGAAUAAUUGCAAGAGCACGGAUGUCUAUGAUGAAUAUGAAUAUAUGGAUAAGGCACCUUUAAAACCCAUUGUCGAUGUGGUCCAAAUUGUCAUCAAUGAUGAUGGAAUGUUCAAUGCCCUUAUUGAAUUACCGGAAAAGGCGACUUUUAUAAAUGCCGUCACAGCUAUUGUUACAAAUUCGCAUUUUAAUGAAAUACGAACAAAUAUUGAAAAGGUAAUAAAUAUGGUGCCAGAAGUGGAGCGAGCUCUGAAUGGCAGUUUUGAUAUAAAGAAAUUAUUUUCAAAUCGUGAAACCUUCGUUAAAGCUGGCAAUUUGGUGUGCGGUCAUCCUUUUCCCAGUAUUGAUACAAUACCAUUGGUUUCGGAGAUUUUAGAAUCGGAAGAUUUCAGUAAAUCCAAUGAUGACGAGUUAAAUGCAAUGCCAACACCCUAUUGUAAAAAAUUAUAUUUGGAUGUGACCAGUUCGAAUUAUGGCAAAAUUACCUGGGAUGUUGUGAAGCCAAUAAUACAGGGCAAAAUUCUGUUUGCUCCCAAUACGGAGGAUACCAAUUCAAUUAUGGCCAUGUCCAAUUCCACAUUCGAAGAAUUUAAUCGUUUGAAAAUGCUAUCCGUCGCAUUUCAACAAAUAUUGACAAAGCUCAAGGAACCUGGUAGCUUCCAGGAGGCAUUCGAAUCCCUGUUGGCCUUGGCAAAAUCACCCUUUGUGCGCAAACUAAUCGGCGAUGAAUUCGAUUUGGAUGAAGUGGAAAAAGUGGUUAAUCGCAUACGUACCGAUCCGGUGGUCUAUGAUGUCAUUAAUACUGUAAAAAAUCUCUUGGAAUGCUUCUCGGUGGAUCGUUUCCUCGCUUUCGACACGGAAGAUGAAUUACGCCGCCAUGCUUUCGAUUUGAAUCAACAGCGAUUAUUUUAUGCUGCCAUUUAUUUCAAUCAAACUGAAACGGAAAAUGUUUCCUAUAAACUGCAUAUGGAUACGCAAAAUACCCAACCCACCAUUGAGAAUAGAAAUCGUUUUUGGUUCCCCGGACCCGCUGGUUCAAUGCUGUUGGAUUUGAAAUAUCAUCGGGGUUUUGUGCAGAUUAAACAUUCCAUUGAUAUGGCCAUCAUCAAGCAUAAAAAGGAGAAGCUACAGAAGUUGGGGAUAUUGGCUGCACCCACCCCGCCACCACCAAGUGGUCCUCUAUUCAAUGUUGAAAUUGAAACCGGUGAUGAAGAAGACGAUGAGGAUGAUGACGAAGAGGAAGAUGAUGAUGAAUGGUUUACAAAUUCCAAUUCCACCACAAAUCCAAAUUCAACACAGGCUGCCAAUAAGAGUAUGAUAUCAUCGAUUGUAUCGGGAAUCCCCAUGAACACAGUACAAAAACGGCAAGGUUUGGCCGACUUGUUCUCCAGUUUCGGCUCGGCAAAUCAAGAACAAAAUAAUUUCCAAAUUGAUCAUUUGAAAUAUUUUACAAAACAAUUUCCCUAUCCUGCCUACACCAGAGAUGAUUUCAAAACUGGUCUCUAUUUGGCCCAGGCCAUUCAACUGGCCUUCUUCAUUGGCUUGGUGGCACAAAUUGCCGCCAGUGUGAGGCAUUUAAUUUGGAUGCGGGAAUCGAAAAAUUCAAUGAUCAUGCGUGCCAUGGGCUUGAAAUCCUGUUCCGAAUUGGCCUCCUGGUGUAUGGUGACUUUCCUAGAAAUGCUGUUUAUAUUCAUAUUGAUUUCCAUAAUUCUCUAUUCUGGUGGCAUGGUAGUCUAUACUAGAUGGCUAUUCGUCAUGAUUUAUAUUUGUCUGUUCGGAGCCUGUCUGAUAUCUUUCUGUUACAUGUGUUCGACAUUUUUCAAUAGUGCCACAAUUGGUGCUGUGGCCACCACUGUGCUCUUCUUCAUCAGCUUCUGCCCGUAUAUCAUCGUCUUGAUCUUUGAUGCCCAAUUGAAUUCGUUGCAAAAUUUCCUCAUCAAUCUUUCUUUUACCACUGCCUUUUCGCAUGGCUGGAGUCACAUCAUGCGUAUGGAGUUGCAAGAGGUUGGUCUGAGUUUUGAGGCAGCAUUCCGUGAGGGCCUGCGCGGAGAGUAUGGUUUCUCAUUUUUCAUGUUAGUAUUGGAUUUGUGUCUAUAUGCCAUUAUUGGUUACAUACAUCAGAGAUUUAAGGAUGAUGACAAUCGUUUUGUUGAGGUCCAACGUGAAGAAUUGGACUCCACUGUGGGCGCUACUCUUACCAAUGUUACGAAAAUCUAUGGUGAAAAUAAACAUGCCGUUAGCGACAUUUCCCUUUCAUUCUUCAGAGAUAAGGUUACAUGCCUUUUGGGUCGCAAUGGUGCCGGAAAAAGUACCAUAAUCAAAAUGUUAACCGGUCAAGUUGUCCAAACCACAGGAAGAGUUAUUCUCGCCCAGGCCAUGUCUCGUGGCAACGAUUAUGAUAAAGUCGGUGUUUGUGCCCAGGACAAUAUUUUAAUACCCAAUUUAACGGCCCGUGAACAUUUAGAGCUGUAUGCGAAAAUUAAAUUGAAGCGAAAUUACCAAUCGGAAGUUGAGAAAACCCUGAAAGAUUUGAAUUUUGGCAAACAUGAAAACUAUCAAGCCUGUCAAUUGUCUGGUGGUUAUAAGCGCCGAUUGUGUGUGGCCAUUUCGUUUAUUGGAUCUCCAAAUGUGGUAAUUCUAGAUGAACCAUGCAAUGGUGUGGAUAAUAAAGCUCGCAAAGAUAUCUGGGAUUUAAUUGAACGUCUGCGCAAAGGAAGAGCAGUCAUCUUUGCCACACAUUUUCUGGAUGAAGCAGAAUAUCUUAGCGAUGUAAUUGUUAUUAUGAAGAACGGAAAAAUAAUUGCCAAACAUAAUCCGGAGACAUUGAAAAAUCAUUGUACCUCCUUCUAUGAGGUUAGCAUGAAUAGCUGUGAUUCUCAAACAUCGGAAGCGGUGGUCGAUAAGGCCAAUAAACUACUGACGAACUUCAGACAAUUAGAAAAAUCAUCAGCGGCCGAUUUAAGUUUACGUGUUUCCUAUGAUCAAAUGAAUCACAACUCCUCUGAAUAUCUUUCGUAUUUGGAACAAAUGCAAGGUGAUGGUCGCAUCAACGAUUUAAGUGUUGAAUCUGAAAAUUUGGAACAUGUUUUUAAGAAUCUAGAUAAAAAACAUAGCAAUGGUGUGGUGAUGGGAUGUCAUCACAAUAAUGGCAACUCAUCAUCGGGAGAUUUAAUGAAAAAUAUCAAAUUGAAGCGAGAAUUGGGUUGGAAUAUGGUCAGCAAUGAACCACUGUCCAAGUGGACGGCAAUGCGUCAGCUAUUCUGGAAACGUUUGGUCCAUUUCAGUCGCAAUUAUCGUAUGUUGGUGUGUGUCAUUGUGUUGCCGGCAAUUUUUGAAAUUCUUGCCAUGUGGUUUGUCUCCCAACGUCUGGAGGAUGAUUAUGAUAAGACAAUAAAAUUAUCGCGUGAUUUAUAUCCGAAGACAACACAAUUUUUGAGCAUGGAAAUACCAAUGAACUUUACUCAGGAUGUCUAUGCGCGACUGAAAGAAAAUUGUCCAGCAGGGGCAGAUUUAAUGUGUAAAGAAUUUCCAAAUAGUCAGAAAUCGUUCUAUUGGGUUUUGAAGACGCUCAAUGAUUAUCAGGAGAAGCGAUAUGGAGGUUAUACCUUUAACGAAUCGAAGUCUAUGGUGUGGUAUAACAACAAGGGUUAUCAUGCCAUGCUGGCGUGGUUGAAUGACAUGAAUUCGCAUAUGCUGCAAGUUGAAACGAAUAAUACGAACUACAGGAUAUCGGCAUAUAAUGAACCAUGGGAAUUGGGUUUCCAGGAAUUUAGUACAACAUCAAUCUUACGCCAAGCCGGUGAUUCUUGUUUGGCAUUUAUUCUCCUAAUCGCCUAUUCCAUGAUUGUGGCUGUGGCCUCGGUAUAUUUAGUCAAUGAACGUGUUAAGGGUGAGAAGUUACAACAGAGGUUAUGUGGUGUCGAUGCUGUUACCUAUUGGUCCGUGGCCUUUAUAUGGGAUUUUAUGAUUCUGAUAUUGGGCAUAUUGGUUUGCUGUUCUGUCAUCUUGGCCUUUGACAUGCCCGUUUUUACGGAUCGUCAACAAUUAUGGGGUAUUAUUGUACUGGGAUUAUUCUUUGGAUUCGCCUGCAUUCCGGGAGUACAUGUUUUCGAAAAAUGCUUCAACGAUUCCAGUGUCUCAAUUGUGGGAAUAUUCAUUAUAAAUGUGAUUAUACCUCUCUUCACCCUUUCCACAGUGGUGUUACUCGGAGUUGUUGGUGAUUCACCGGCAUGGGAUGAUUGGCGACAUUUCCUCAAUCACCGACUGUUUAUUAUAUUCCCCCAGCAUGCUUUGGCCGAUGGUCUAUUGGAAUUGUGUAAAAAUUAUAUGGUUGCCUUGACAUUUAAACGUUUCGAUAUUGACUCCUAUAAGAAUCCGGUCAACAGUGAUCUGCUGCAAGCGCAUUAUACAUCUCUCUUUAUUGUGGGUGUAUUCUUUUUGGUCUUAAAUGUUCUGCUAGAAAGUGGCUUGCUGGGUGAUUGGAAAGAAAUGCUAAUGGAACAUUUACAAUGCCUGGGAUUGGAAAAAUCUAAACAAUUCGAUGAACUGAAAGUUAUAUCAAUACAAAAUUCCCUAAAACGUAAUGAUAAAAAUACUGUAAGUGCUCUUAAGGUGGAUAAUUUAAGUAAGAAAUAUGCCGGACGCAGUCAUUAUGCUGUAUCGAAUGUAACCUUUGCGGUGCAACAUGGUGAAUGUUUUGGAUUGUUGGGAAAAAAUGGUGCUGGUAAAUCGACAAUUUUCAAAAUGCUCUCGGGGCAAUUGAGACCCACUUCGGGUAGUAUUGUCUAUGAAAAUCCGGAAAUUUCUUAUUGCCCUCAAACAAAUACGUUGGAUGAUUUGUUGACCGUUCGAGAAUGCAUUGAAUUCUAUGGACAUUUAAGGCGUAUCACUGAUUUGCCGAAGCUCGUCAAUAGCAUUCUCGAAUCAUUCCAAUUGGAGGCAUAUCGUGAUGUUUUGGUGAAAAAUCUUAGCGGUGGUAAUCGUCGUAAGCUGACUGUGGCCACAUCCUGCUGUGGUCGCACUUCUGUUGUGCUUAUGGAUGAACCAACUAGCGAUAUGGAUCCUGUUACCAGGGCUUUUGUAUAUCGCACAAUUGAUGAUUUAUUGGCUGAGAAGAGAGCCAUUGUUUUGACAUCACAUUCUAUAUCAGAGAUAGAUCAAAUCUGUCAUCGUAUUGCUGUCAUGAAGGAUGGUCAAAUGUUAACUUGCAGUAGUCCGGAAAGUUUAAAGGCACAAUAUGGUGGCUACUACAAUGUCACCGUGUAUUGUGAUCAGGAUAAGAAACGGGCGUUGGAAAAGGAACUUCGUAGGAAAUUCCCACUUGGCAAGGAUAUGCAACUGUAUGCCCAUUGUAUAAAGUUUAGUAUUAAAGUUGAGAUCAAAAAACCAGAAGACAACAACACAAAUACCUCAACAAUGAAGACUACCAACAACCCCAAUGCUGGUGGUCAUACAUUAUCACAAUUAUUCUAUGAUUUGAGUAAUUUAUCACAACAAAUAUCCGGUUGUGUUCGAUAUGCUGUCAACAAGUGUAAAUUAGAUGCAGUGUUCGAACGUAUUUUAGAUAAAAGUGAACCGAAUAAUUUACGACGUGGUUCUGUUUAUAAUGGUGUGGAUAUUACAACGGCUGCAAUGGCGGGUAGUCCAUCAACGGGUUAUAUACACAAUGGUUACGUUGAAACGGAAACAUGAAA